AUGGCCGAGCAGCUACUUCCGCAUGUGAAUGACAUGGACACCUCCGAAUUGACGCGGGGAUGCCUAAUUGGUUCGCAGGCUCAGGAGGAUGUGUUUUUAGCCAGGCGCUGUCUCGUCGGAUUGGCGCGGCGCGGCUGUGUCCAUGAGGAGGUCCUGAAGCCCGUCUUCCAAAGCCUUCGCGAGAAGCGAGAGCAGAUGAGCCCGGUGGACGUCAUGAGUUGUGUCUAUUCGGUCUACGUGCUGAACUUUUGGACGCCCAAGUUCCGCCGUAGCCUGGGUUUCAUGCUGAUGCAGCACGUCAAGGCCUGGCGCAUCCCCGCGGCGCGCUUGCGCGACGUGCUGCCCGCCUUGCAUGCCUUGGGGUAUUGGCAGCGCCUUCCAGGGGCCUUGCAGCGAGCUGUGUGGCACAUCGCCCCGGAGGAGUUGCGGCACCAGGUGCCGCCGGCGCCGCGGAAGCCCAUGGACGGCCAAGCAACUGAAGAGCAGGAAGUGGAUGGAUGGAAGCGCUUCGGGUUGAGGAAGAUCAAGCCCGGCAUGCUCCGGCGUUUCCAAAGGCGUUUCCAGGAGUCGACGCCGGAGUACUUCAAUCGGAAGCACGGCUUGAUGUCCCUGGACAAGAACCCCUAUGAGGCCCGCCGCAAGCGUCGCGAGGAGGAGGCCUUUGUGGAAAGUGCCCGGCAGGAGGCAGCACAAGAGGAGGCCGAAGCCAAGCAGCAAGCGCCACCCACGGCGGUGGAGAGCUUCAUCAGGAACUUCUCAGAAUUUUGGUGCGAGCCGCGAGCCGGCAUGCGGGCUUCCAGUGUGACUGGUCAGAUGGCACCGCCCAAGCACAUCUUGGAGUUCUUCACCUCCUCAGAUGGCACGCCGGCUUUAGUGAGGUGGCUUCUUCCCGCGCGGGCUGAGCCGACGGUAGACCGGCGGAGGGACGGCGCGAAGAAGUUGAGGGAUGAACGGAGAUUCUCCCCAACCAAUGGCUAUACCCUGGUCGAUGUGGCCUUCCAGGAGGUUGGCUGGUGGCAGCCAUGGACUGGGAACCCCAGCGAGGACUCGACACCUCGACGACUUCUUCAGGGAGACACCGGGUCGCCACCGCUGGAACCGCUGGCCGUCUCGGUUCAUGUCGCGCAUCGGCUCACGUCGAACUCGUGGAGAUCCGUCGGAGGACGUUGGACCAAAAGCAUCCGCCCUGCGAGGAUGGAGCUCACAGAGGAGCAACGCCAGAGCCUGGCGCUCUUCCGCGAGGUGACGGCCGAUGCCAGAGACGAGGCGGCCUCGAUUGAGGUGCUCAAGUCCUGCAAUUGGAACGUCGAGCAAGCCUUGUCGCUUCACCUGGCCUCACACGAGGAGGAUGCCCCUCGGCCCGCGGCCGCGACCGCCAGCUCGAGUGCGGCGCUGAGCCAACCUCUGCUGCCUGGGCCAGGCCAUGGCCGCAGCAGUGUGGCCACCCACGGCAGUACGGCGGGGGAGUCUCCUGGAUCCAUGGCGUACGGCCUCUUCAGCCGCAUCGCGCAGGGCAUCAAGCAGAUCGGGUUUUCGGUGCUCAGCUUGGUCUACACCUUCUUUUUCGGUGUAGGUGGUGGCGCUUUGGGCAGCAGCGGCGCAGCCUUCAGGCGCUCCUUGCAGAGCUCCUAUGGGACCCAAGCGCUGCCGGAGUUUCACGAGGGAUCCUUCUCUCAAGCUGUGACCAGGGCCAGGCAAGACUUGAAGCUUUUGGUCGUUUACCUGCACAGCCGCUUGGCACUCGCAGAGCGUGUGUAG